GGAAGGUGGUCGCGGCCCGGGGGUGCUGGGCCUGGGGCUCGGCGUUGGUCCCCAGGGAUGUGGAGAGCUGGCAGCAUGUCGGCAGAGCUGGGAGUCGGGUUCGCACUGCGGGCAGUGAAUGAGCGCGUGCAGCAGGCGGUGGCGCGGCGGCCGCGGGAUCUCCCAGCCAUCCAGCCCCGGCUAGUAGCAGUCAGCAAAACCAAACCUGCAGACAUGGUGAUCGAGGCCUACAGUCAUGGCCAGCGCACUUUCGGGGAGAACUAUGUUCAGGAACUGCUAGAAAAAGCAUCAAAUCCUAAAAUCCUGUCUUCGUGUCCUGAGAUCAAAUGGCACUUCAUCGGCCACCUACAGAAACAAAAUGUCAACAAAUUGAUGGCUGUCCCCAAUCUCUCCAUGCUGGAAACAGUGGAUUCUGUGAAGCUGGCAGACAAAGUGAACAGUUCGUGGCAGAAAAAAGGCUCUCCUGAAAGGCUAAAGAUUAUGGUUCAGAUUAACACCAGUGGAGAGGAGAGUAAACAUGGCCUUCUGCCUUCGGAGACAGUAGCCACGGUGGAACACAUAAAGGCCAAGUGCCCCAGCCUGGAGUUCGUGGGGCUGAUGACCAUAGGAAGCUUCGGGCAUGAUCUUAGUCAAGGACCAAAUCCGGACUUCCAGGUGUUACUGUCCCUCCGGGAGGAGCUGUGUAAGAAGCUGAGCAUCCCCACUGAGCAGGUUGAGCUGAGCAUGGGCAUGUCCCUGGACUUCCAGCAUGCAAUUGAAGUAGGAUCUACGAAUGUCCGAAUAGGAAGCACCAUUUUUGGAGAGCGAGAUUACUCAAAGAAACCUGCCCUGGACAAGUCCUCAGCAGACCUGAAGGCCCCGGUGGAGGUGGCCCAGGCACACUGAGCCAGGGACCAACCAGCAGUGGCUGACAGCCAGGGGCCCUGUCCAGAAGGCUAACUAUGCACUCACCUGGAUUUUCAUUUGAGAUUCCCUGUGUCACAGCACAGCCAUGCUGUCCUUGUGACCUGCAGAGAGAACACUAAUGAUUAUACGUGUUGAUGAAAACCAUCUGUGUUUAGUGUCUGACAUAGGAAGCUCCCUUCAAGCGGUGGCUUUGGAUUGGAUUUGAGAAAUCCAGACAUUUCUGCAGAACAGAUGCCAAAUCAAUAGCCAGGAAUUGCGCUCAGUGUUGAAUCCUGCCCAGGAGCACCAACCAACCCGUGAGUGACUUUCCCAGGUUACAAUUUGGUCACUGAUGCCUAUAAUCACCAAAAUCAGAGGGAUUCGCAGUGUCAUCCCCUUUAAUAGAAAAUUCCCUCUGGUUACCAGCUUCCUACAAACCCCACUGAGUAAUCAUCUUUGCUGCUUUGGAGUAAGGGCAUUUCUGCCCCCAGUUUCCAGCCCACCCAGUAGAUAUUUGUGUCUGCCCUGGAGUGGCAGUACAGGUAACUUCAGGGAGUGGCUCAAUUAAUGCUCCAAAACCAAAUUGUUGCUCAUGAGAGUUUGUGUCAUUGGUCACCCCAUGGUAUUGACCCUGAAAAUUACAGGGGUCACAGAAAUAGUGCUUGGGCCUUUCUCACAUCUUGCACAAGAGACAGGGCUUUGAGCUUUGUCCUCUGGGCCCUGCAGUGAUGAGAAUUUACUAAUAUGAUUUCUCCUCCAUUAUAAUCCUCUCAAUGGUGAUGUCUUAUCAAAGACCACUGAAUCUAGUGGCUCCCCAGAAAUGAGAGAUUCCUCCACAGCUGGCUCAGGCUCGCAGGUGCAGCAAGGCCUGGCUUAGAGUUCCUGCUCUAGGCACAUUUAUAGCCUCUGCUCCCCACUGUAUUUAUAAGCGAGAAUUCUGCAGCUCUUCUUGAUUGUUAAUAAAGUAGCAAGAUGUUCAAAAACCAGAAAGCACAAUUCUCAGAUAGUCAUGACAGAUGACUUCAGUCUUGGUGGUUUAUUUUCUAGAGGGUUUUUCUCUUAUUUAUUCAAGCCCCAGUCUUUAUUUUAUGAAAUAACUUUCAGAACGUGAUGCUGCUGCCGAAUGUAAUUUUGUAAAACUUAAACGUUUAUGAUUCCUGUCCUCUUUCGAUCAAAACUAUAGUGUGAUAUUUCAGAGUCUAUUCAAUAAAAAUGUGAGUUUGAAGUAUA